AUGAACGGUUUGUUGAUAUGCGCGUGCCUGUUUGGCGUUGCUGCCGCUGGAUCAAUCGGCCGGUACGAAGGUGAUAAUGACAACUGGUACGGUAACCAGUGGAAUUUCGGAAGGUACGGUAACUGGGGGAGGAACAACUGGAAUAACUGGUAUGGAGAAAACAGGGAUAACUGGUAUGGAAACGAUUGGAAUAAUUGGAAUGGCGACAACUGGUACGGAAACAAUUGGAAUAAUGAAGGAAAUCAAAUGAGUGGCUGGUACGGAAAGUAUGGUGAAUAUCGCGGCAACUACAACGGCAACUAUUACAAUAACGACAACGGCAACUAUUACAAGAACGACAACGGCAGCUAUUACAAGAACGACAAGGGCAACUAUUACAUGAACGACAACGGCAACAAUUACAAGAACGACAACGGCAACUAUUACAUGAACGACAACGGCAACUAUUACAAGAACGACAACGGCAACUAUUACAAGAACGACAACGGCAACUAUUACAAGAACGACAACGGCAACUAUUACAGGAACGACAACGGCAACUAUUACAAGAACGACAACGGCAACUAUUACAAGAACGACAACGGCAACUAUUACAGGAACGACAACGGCAACUAUUACAAGAACGACAACGGCAACUAUUACAAGAACGACAACGGCAACUAUUACAAGAACGACAAGGGCAACUAUUACAUGAACGACAACGGCAACAAUUACAAGAACGACAACGGCAACUAUUACAUGAACGACAACGGAAACUAUUACAAGAACGACAACGGCAACUAUUACAAGAACGACAACGGCAACUAUUACAAUAACGACAACGGCAACUAUUACAGGAACGACAACGGCAACUAUUACAAGAACGACAACGGCAACUAUUACAAGAACGACAACGGCAACUAUUACAGGAACGACAACGGCAACUAUUACAAGAACGACCACGGCAACUAUUACAAGAACGACAACGGCAACUAUUACAAGAACUACAACGAGAACUACAACGAGAACUACAACGGAUUUUACAACCGCCUCUUCGGAAAGAGAUUGAAUUAUGAUGAUGAUGAGGAGGAGGAGGAUGACGAAAAUGAUUUUGUGCUACUGAUGAUGAUGGUAAUCGUGGAGGUGGUGGAAGUGUUGAUGGUGAUGAUGACGAUGAUGAUUGCGAUGCUGUUCUGA